AUGACAUACACUCAUUACAAUUUCUAUGAUCUCUCGGAUGAUGAGCUUUAUGAUCAAGAUUUAAGCUUCGAAAAUUUUUCUAAAACGAAACUUUAUCAGACCCCUUAUGAGAUUUACGAUUAUGAACAUUCUCCUUUUUUUACAAGUUCUUCUGAUGAACUUGAAAAGUCGGGUCAUUACUAUGAUAAUUCUUAUGAAUAUUCUUUAACAUACGACGAUUCACAUGAUCAACUUCUUUAUCCAGUUUCUGAAGAAUUUGAUGAUUGUUUACCGAUAUCUUCUGAUGAUGAGUCAUAUGUUUUUGAUAUUGAGAGCAAGAGUGAAUCAUCAAAUUCUGAUUAUGAUGGUUCUAGUGAGAGUAACGGGGAUGAAGAAUCUGAUAAUGAAUUUCAUGCGCAAUAUUUAGUACCUGAUACAUGUAAUAGAUUCUACCUGCAAGACCAAGAAUUUAAAGAAUUUAAAGAAUUAUUUGAUUUCUAUAAUGAUAUCGAUAUGGAUGAAGAGGAAGAUGUUAUGGAUGCAACAACGCUUCAAGAAACAGCUAAGCGUGGACGUCGAAAAGGAGGAGUCUUAGAUACAGUUUGGACAUCUGUUGAAGUCGAAUUAAAAGAGAAGUUAAAAGAUCUUCAG